CAGACAGCAGCGUUGAAUGAUAAUAAAACAUCAACCGCUAAGAGAGACAAAAUAGUUUUGAAUUUUACAGUUACUUGCUAGAUCUAAAUACAAGAUAUAAAACAAUGCCAACAUUAAAUGUUCCAGUCCCUCAGUGUUUAGAAGUUGUGUUUUCCUUCGACACCACAGGCUCUAUGUACACGUGGCUAGAGGAGGUCAGUGACAGGAGCCAGGACAUGAUACAACGUCUGCAGGCCGACAUCCCCGGCAUCAGGUUGGCCGUGUUCGCCUACGGGGACUACUGUGACGAUGGCACUUACGUCACCAAGUGGAUUGACUUCACGACUGACGUGGCCCAACUUUGUGAAUUCGUAAAGAAUGCUGAGAAAACGAGUGGGGGCGGCGCCCCUAAGUGCUACGAACUAGUUCUGAGGCAAGUGAGAACAAAGCUAUCGUGGACGCCAGGCUCAAGGCGUGUCCUCGUCUUGAUUGGCGAGAACAACCCGCACGAGCCAACGGAAGUUUGCAUCAAAUGCCAGAAAAACAGGGCCAACUGGCGGGACGAGACGAAAAAUCUGGCAGCCAAUGACGUGACGAUCUACGGCGUGCAGUGUGGCUAUAAGAACGCGGACGCUUUCUACUUCUACAAGACGAUCUCUAUCGCCACAAACGGUAAACACCUACAUCUGGUGUACUUUAAAAGUAUCUUCGACACUCUGAUGGCCGUGUGUUACAAAGAGAGCAACGACACGGCCAUGCUGACGAAUUACGAAAAAGAAGUGCGAGCCCGACAUCCCGCUGGUAUACUUGACAUGGACAUGGAGGCCAUUUUCGCUUCUCUACUACGUGACGGGGUCAAGAAUACCCCCAACUUGGGCAAGAAAAAGCCAAACAAUUCAAUACUUAACAAAUAUAAAUUAAAAAAUCUUCCCCUGCUCAAGCGUGAGAACGUUCCAGAAAUUAACUUUAACCUCCGAACUUUGAACUGGAAGCCUUGGUUUCUGGCAUUGGCCAGUGACGAGCCAAACGAAAACAAAACCCACUGGCAGAGAAGAAACAGUAAACCAGGAUACACGUUAAAAACAUUACCAGCCACUCAACGAAUGCGUCCUUCUAGCUGUUUGCUUGAGGUGUCCUUACAAUACGGCGGGGCCAAGAGUAAAAAGUACACAGUCUUCAGCAAGUUCUCCGGUCGUUGUUUUGGAACAGUCCACUGGGAGAAACGUCUGUUCGGGUCUGACAGCGCACAGAUAGACCAUGCACUGCUAACUGGAUGCAAAAUUUACCUCAGAUAUUGUGUCGUGGGAUCGAGGGAAAAGAAAGACGUAGCUAAAAGUUUGAAAAGAUAUGAUUAUGCUUGGAAGAAUUAUAAAAACAUCAGAUCUGGUGCCAGAAAUGUUGUUAAAGGGGGAAUCAAGAUUUCCAUGCCGUGAAUAGACAGCUUUAAAAGAAUCUGAACAAAUGUGUAGGGUCUACAAUUUUUAUAAACACAUUUUAUAUUGUUAAAAACAUUAAAUUUAAAUGUUAUUUGUCGUAUUGCAUUGUGUUGACCUAUUGCCCUAAGAUGACUCAUAUAGAACUUUAUAAACUGCAUAGAUCUAAAGUGUGAUAAAAUAUUUAAGAUACUUUGUCAUAUGUGCACUUACGUUCCUUAACACUUAGAUCUGUUGAUAUUCAUAUCCCAUGUAUUGUAACUUUGUAAAUAGAUGUCAAAAUAUAAUUGUACAUAUCACAUAGAUGUAUAGUAGCCUAUUUAUUUAAUAUGCCAUAUAAUGUAACUGUAUAAAUAAAUGUCAAAAUAUAAUUGUACACAUCACAUAAAUGUGUAGUAUCCUAUUUAUUUAAUGUGCAUGAGGAUUUAAU